AUGACCAGAGCGCAGGACCCAUCGAGCAUCCAAGUUGUCCCUAUUUCUAAGGAUUCCGAUACGCCGACGAGUGAAAGCUUUGAGGUUGACUACCUAUACAACCUUCCCGCGCAAGAUGAAGAGCAUAUGAAGGUCCCGAUCGCCCAUGGCCUCUUCUGCACAGUGGAUAAAGCUAACCACACGGAAGACGGCGCCUACGUCGACGAGGCCUUUGGCAUGUUCUUAACCACUGAUCUGGAGCAUGUCAGCAGCAUCCAGAAUAUUUGGGCUAAUCCAAUCGAGGAUGCAACCUUGGACGAUCUUUGA